UGGAGAUCCGGUUGGGAUUGAAACAAACAACUAAGUGUAUUUAAGGACUUUCUUUAUUGAUUCAAUUUGGAAGGGACACAGUAGGAAAGGUAUCCAAACCGAUUUGUGUGAUAUACAGAGAAGAUACAAUCAUGAGGGUAGUUUUGAUAGGCUGCUUGUGCUUGAUGAGUAUGAUCCUCAUGGCAACCGCCACUGACUCUUUCUAUGGCAUGCCCGCAUAUGGCUCGUACGGGAGUGGCGCUGCUAUUUCCCCACUUGGAUACGGGUACGGGGGCGGAUUUGGCGGUGGUCUAGGCGGUGCGGGCGGCGGCAGCGGAGGAAUGGGUGGAAUCUUUAACAUCCUCAUCUUCUUGUUCGUUUUCAUCAUCAUCAUCAAUGUCUUGUUCGGUGGAGCCGGUGGGUUUGGCGGACUCGGAGGAUCAGGAAGCAGCGGCAAGAGUGGAAGCAAAUACAGUGGAGGCAGCAACUAUGGAGAUGGUUUGAGUCACUACAAAAAAUAA